GUAAUCAUUGUGUGUUGUAUUUUGAGCAUACAUAUUUUGUGGCGGCCAUUACAAACGAGAAAGUUCGAUGAGGUUACUUUCAUGCAGAAACUUGUCAGGCGAGACGUACCAUUCUCCGCCCAGAUAUCUUUAAAAUGCAUUCAAAAUUUCAAAAUGAUGACAUUGAGGUCGUAGCUAGACGAAUAAGCAAACUACUGAUAGGCCAGAAGACACCUAUCUCAGUGGACCAUAUAUGUCAGAAAUUGAAAGAUGUAGAAAGCGAUAUGCUGAAAAAGGUCAUUGACAAGUAUCAAAACCAUUUUCAUGUUUUCCAGCAGCCAGUGGUAAAACUUAUGACAAAAAUUGACAUCUGUAAAAUUCAUUGCUCUAAAAAUAGAACUUGCCCAGGUACAGAACCUCUUUGCACCGGUUUGCACAUCUGUAAAUAUUACAUUUUGUCAAGCAAAUGUCACUUUGACAAACAUUGCACAUUCGGCCAUGAUGUAAGAACUGAUCAUAAUAUGAAAAUUCUACAAGAAAACCUCUUGGCCGAUAUUACAGUGGAUGAGUUGAAAUUCUUGCUAUCAAGUGCAGACAAUAGGACAUCGUUAACUGUCCCAAGAAUUUGUAAGUUCUACAAUGUAGAAAAUGAUAAAUGUAGACAUUCUGAAAGAGGAUCUCUCUGCCCAGAUAUACAUAUUUGCAAACAUUUUGUACUGGGUACAUGCAAGUUUGGCAAGGAUUGUCUCAGAAGUCAUGGUGUACUAGAGAAGAGAAAUGGUGAAAUACUAAGUAAACACGGGAUUGAUGUAAACAAAACAGAGACAGAGAUCGUCAAAGACCUUCGGAAAGGUAUUUCUGGAAUAGCAAGCAGGUAUUAUUUAUAACGAUGUAAUUUAUGC